AUGAGGACCUCAGCCACUCGCGGCCUUCGCUGUGCGAGGCUCAUCCUUCUCGCCUGCGUCGCCGGAGCUGCUAGCGUGACGCUUUUUGCUUUUGGAGCGCCUGAGGUCCCCCAGGGCUCGUUCGUGGUAACUAUUCCCAAGGGAGGGAUUAUUGAAGACGUCGACCUCUUCGUCAAACUCGGACCUUCUCAGUCUCUAGUGGUCGAUAACUCUGAACCGCAGAAUGUCCUACAUGACCCGCUUGAGAUCAGCCGACAGGUAUACAAGAAGCGUGGCAGCAAAUGCGACCCCGAGUUACGCCAAGAGUGGGCUGAGGUGUUUCCUGAGGCACCGGAGAAAUACCCGUUUGUUGACGUCACCACCGGACACGUGAACGGAGAAUCAGCGAUUUUGUUUCGGACGCCUGCAUUUUACUAUCUGAAGGAAGUCGCGACUUACUGCUUCAUCUUGAAGGAUGUGAAGAAAGAUAAGCAAUACACAGUUUAUGUGGAGGCAAGCACUGCCGCGAGCGCGUUUUUGCCUUCCGCCAUUGUCGCGCUCUCGGCGGCACUGUUCGCCGGCUUCAGCUCCUUUUGA